AUGAGCAAGCUGCAAGAUUUUUGGAACGCAGACGCUACAAAGGAAAAUUUAGGGUUUGAAGCUAUGCCCAAUGAGCACUAUUGCCAGCCAGCGGCGUCUGAUGGUGGCGUGUUCAGUAUUGACAUCUCCUGCUGGCUACCGAUGAUCCUCAUCACCGUUGCAGAUCACCAAACGCACGAAGACACAUGGUAUGAGCUUACGGGGGUCGUCAUCAUGGUAGUCGACUCCUCGGACAAGAAUAUGGAGCCCAUCGUAGAGAAUCAACGUUAUUCUCAUCAGCGCACUCAGGUUUUGGGACAUUCCUUCCCAUUCCUCUUCCUCCAACGCUGA